CUGGUGAAACGAUCCGAGCGAGCCGAGGCUUCGGGCGCACUGUCCACGGCGUUACCCUGUUCACCCAGGUGGAUGAGCCUGCACACAGCGAAAAGAAACCUCCGUUGACUGAAAUCACAGCGGCCACCAGACUUAUGAGGAGGGAGGCCCUUUGAGUGCCAGUGUCCUGGACUUUGGUGAGGAGGCUGACUGUUACCACUCAUAGUGCCCACCAGACUAUCACUUUCCACUAAACCCACGUGAUUGACCCCCCUCACCCCGCCCCCCCCAUCCUUCCUGACUGCUCAACAAGUAUUAUGGAUGCUGAAGAGAACCAGCUGAUGGAAACCAGGGCAGAUCGCAUUGCUAGUGUCAAGGCUGACCGGAGGCGAGAAUUGGCUGAGAGAGCUGGUAACCUCAAUGAGAAGGUCGCAGUUAUUUCUAAAUGCUCAAGAAAGGAAAAGGAAAAUGAACCUUUUGAAAAGGCGUAUUCUGAUUCAGAGCGUUUUAUGAGCAAGUCAACUCUACAUGUACCUUUCAAACUCUGGGGAACAAAGGACACUGACUUUUCAAAAGACAUGCUUGUGCAUAACACAAGUGGGAACUCCAUGGAAAGAAUGAGUUCCUUGUUUGUCCAAAACCAUAACAAUAGAAAUGAAGAAAUGGCUUCAGGGAGCAAACUUGGUGGUUCCCAUCUUUAUGAGAUAGAAGUUUGCAGCAAGGAAAAUGUGACAGGUGGCUUGGAAAGAUCUCUGGCUCUCCCACAGAGAUUUUCUGUCCUUGAAACCCAAACCAUUGGUCUCCCUCCACGGCCCAGUGGUGAAAGUGGUCAUGGCACAGCCAGCACAGGUCUGGCAGCAGCAUCCGGCUGGGAGAUGCGCCGGAGGCCCAGGCGCUACAUUAACCCCGGGGUGAACCGCAAAACAUCCGAUCGCUUCAGGACUCAGCCCCUCACGGUGGCCGAACGAACUUAUGUGUUGAAUAUAAACAAGGACAACACUGAGGAAGAUGAAAGGAUGGAUGCAAGGUCAAAGAUGAGUGUUGCUGCGAAGAUGUCACUGUUUAAAGAACUAGAGAAGGCCUCCCCUGCAGAUUCUCCCCCCUCAUCACGACCUCAUAGCAGUCAUGCAGCCAUGGAACGCAGACUACACCGCUCUCAUGAUCGGUGUCGGACACAGCCGAUAACUACAGAAGAGAUCGUGGUGGCAAAUAGUCUCCCCAGGGUACAGUCACUAAGGGAGCCAGAUGUGAGUGGACCAGACAGCUGUGCAGCUCAGCAGGAGGCAGAGGAGAGAGGAGAUGAGAAUUCAAAACUGAGUCUGACCCAGAAGAUGGCUCUAUUCAACAGCUUGUGCCACCCCUUGCCAAAGAAGGUGUCUCUACCGGAAGGCGGAAAAGAGCGCAGACAGAAAGGAGUCCGCUAUCGCACCCAACCCGUCACCAUGAGCGAAGUCCAACUGCUCCAGAAGCAACCAGAUUAUCCCCAAUUGCUGCUUAGUUCACAAGCACCACGCAUAAAAGUCGAAACGGAGUCACGUGUCAUAAAUCACUUUGCAGCCCAGACGGAGAAUUUGGAGGCUGAAGUCAUGUCAUCUGUGCCAGUCACCAGCCCCAAGAGUCACUGGAAAGGAGUUGAUGAGGCGAGUGGACAGACAAGCAAGGAAAUUCAAGGAAUAUUGAAAAGAGAAAUUGUUGAAGUGCAGAGAGACGGAAGUCCGGAGCGUCACAGCCCGCCAGAGCAGCCUGAGAAAUGUGAGGAGAGUGUGCCGGCAGAGAGCAGCUCUGCUUCAAGUGCUGUGCGUGAGAUGGACAGAGAACAACACCAUGCAGGUGUGACAGGCGUAGCCAAGGAGUCGGAGGGAGUGGGAGGUGACAUGAGGCCAACUGAGACAGAUUUUUCAGAGGAACAAAAUUCCAGUGAAGUACAAGCACACAAUGAGAGAGAAGCAGUGGAUAUUGAAAAAUUAGAGCUGCCAGCACAAGAUGAUUCUGCAACACCACCAUCUUCACCACUGUGGCAACAGGCAGAAAACAAGCUUUCAUCAUGGCAACAGGCAGCUGGGCAAUCCUCACCUCCAUGUCAGCAGGCCGAUGACAAACACUUGCCAACAUGGCAACCCUCAGAGAGCUUUUCCUCAUCAUCGUGGCAAAAGGUUGAUGUGCCACAGGAUCAAAACCAAAUAAAAGAGAAGAGCUACCCGGCUCAAUUACCUGAAGAAGACAAUGGAGCUGAAAUUCUGACUCCAAUUAAAGUUGGAGCAUCUCUUAAAGAUAGGUUACACAAACUGCAAGGUGGAGAGGAACAGUGGAGAAAUAAAACCCAUAAGACCCAGAGUGCUGUCCAUGUCCCUCUGGCUGAACGGUACAGCCAGCUCCAGCGAGCUGAAGAUACCUGGAAGAAGAAGGAAGAAGAGGAGAUCAUGAAUUAUGCAGAGCAGGCACAAUACUGGGACCCUGUCUAUUCCUCCAUCUAUUCCCCAGUUGCUAGACAAUGCCAGUACCUCAUAUAUUAUGACCAGGAUACACUUUCAUUCAAGGUCAGAGAAGUGGCGUUUAAUCAGAGUGGCCCUGAUUAUCUGUGGAGAAGAAAGAGAACAGCAACCGAUAUCGGGGGACAGAUAUCAUUGGAGCAACGAAAGCAACAGAUCUCUGUGAGCGAGGAGCAGUGGAAACUGAAAGGCAAAGGCGCAUUCAACGACUCCACACAGUUCACUGUUGCUGCACGUAUGGUGAAGAAAGGUUUAGUGUCUACCAGUACAGGAAAUGAUGAGACAGUUAUUCCCUUCAGGAAAACUGCCGCAGCAACAGGUACCCCAACUAGACCCUUGGAAGAGAUUACAAGUCACCCUGAUGUGCCCCUGGAGAGCGAUGCUACGCUGGAUAACCUGGAAACCUUCCUCAAUAAGCUUCACUCCAAGAAUACUAGCAAUGAAGAGAUGAUGAUCACAGUGACAGAACAAUCAGUGAAGGAAGUACUAAAGCCUGAUGACGAUGACACCUUCAGUAAAUUCUAUAAGCACACACCAACCCUUCUGACAUCAACUGUGGUGGAAAUUAAAGAGAAUUUUGAUGACAUUUUUGAAUCCAACACCCCAAAACUGAUUUCUGAAGUGGCAGAACACAAGCGAGCAGUGAGACCUCUUCGCAGAACACAGUCUUCUCGCAAUCCCCUGAGAGCACUGGCUGCCCGAGAUGACAUCCGUUUGGAGUAUACAGAGCAGCGUCUGAACGUGGCCACAGUGGAGGCCAGGAGGAUUCGAGCUGAGAAGAUGGCCAAGCACUCAAACUACGCGGAUGUGGCAUUGGCAGGGCUAACGAGCAUAGAGAACUUCAGAAACGUGAACCUUCGCAACGUGAAGAUGACAGACCAGCCGUCCAGUAACAGCACACUUCCCUUCAACAAGCGAAUGUUGCUGCAAGUUAAGGGUCGCAGACAUGUCCAGGUUCGGUUGGUGGAGCCCAGAGCCAGCUCACUCAACAGUGGGGACUGUUUCCUCUUGAUAACUGCACAGCACUGUUGCCUUUGGAUAGGAGAAUUCGCUAAUGUGAUUGAGCGCUCCAAGGCAUCGGAGCUGGCUAAUUUCAUCCAGACAAAACGAGAACUGGGGUGCCGGGCAGUAAGUGUCACCAUUAUCGAAGAGAGCAUUAACAGUCAAGGCAAAAGAGCCAAGGAGUUCUGGGAUCUUCUCGGUGGCCAGAUGGAAUAUCAAGGUGCUGGGGACCCUGAGGAGGAUGAGAUAUAUGAAUCUGCCAUCACCGAAACAAACCAUAUAUACCGGCUGGUUGAGGAUAAGCUUGUCCCAGUAACUGAAUCAUGGGGAAAGAUGCCUCGCUGUUCCAUGCUGAAUUCAAAGGAGGUGCUGGUUUUUGAUUUUGGCAGUGAGCUAUACAUUUGGCAUGGCAAAGAGGUGACUCUGGCACAGCGAAAGACAGCACUUCACUUGGGCAAGCGGCUGCUGAAUGGUUUAUAUGACUACAGUAGCUAUGUCAUAAACCCUCUGGACCCUGGAGCAACAAAGAACGUCACCCAACAACAGGGACGGCCUGAGUGGGUAAUCUUCGGUCGCCUAUCAGAGCAUAAUGAAACAAUCUUGUUCAAGGAAAAGUUUCUGGACUGGGCAGAUUUGAGAAAACAGAACCAGAGGGAAGUGGAGUCCACAGCCGAGUUAAAGUUAGAGAGCCAGAAUGAACUGAAGCCAUAUAAUGCGAAGCUGCUGAUUCCAUUCCCAGACGUACCUUGCGGAACAGUCCUGGAUGGGGUAAAUGUGCAACGUGGUUACGGGCUACUGCAAAUGGAUGAUGAGAGAAGGUCAGAGCUGAAGACCAUCGAUGUGAUGGUCUGGCAUGUUCAGGAGUUUGAACACAGCGAGCUGCCCAGAGAGAGUUACGGCCAGUUCCACGAGGGGGACGCUUACGUCAUUCAGUGGAAGUACACAGUCAGCAGCCUGGUGGCAAAGCGUCAGACGCCAGAUCAGCUGAGCUGUACCGGUUCCGGGAAGGAGCGAUCUGCUUAUUUCUUCUGGCAGGGCGGCCAGUCAAGCAUCAGUGGCAAAGGAGCUUCUGCGCUGAUGACUGUGGAGCUCGGCAAGGACAGGGAAGCACAGAUGCUGGUGUCACAGGGAAAGGAGCCUCCCUGCUUUCUUCAGCUGUUCCAAGGGGGCAUGAUCAUCCACAGUGGCAGGAGGGAUAAGACAAAAACACCACAAGGAAUCUGGCGGCUGUACAUAGUACAGGGGGAGUUACCGGUGGAGGGACGCCUCUUGGAGGUGGAGUGUGACUGUAGCAGUCUUCGCUCAAGAGGUUCCCUUGUCCUAGUGAACACCCAGCAGGCUCUGAUAUAUCUGUGGCAUGGCUGCAAAGCUCAGUCCAAUGUAAAAGAGGUUGGCAGGAAAGCAGCCAAUCAUAUAAAGGACCGACCACCUCAGGAGCUGGGCCAGUGGAGCAGAAUGGAAGUGACAGUGUGUGAGCUGGAUGAAGGUUCAGAACCACCAGAGUUCUGGCAAGCAAUGGGACAACCAGAUCGAAAAGCGUAUGACUGCAUGUUACAAGAUCCCGGAAAGUAUAACUUCACUGUACGACUCUUCAGGCUGACAGCUUCCUGGGGAGAGUUUACCAUGACAGAGCAGCUAAGUCCCUCACGCAUCUCUAAUGAUGUGAUGGCCAUGCCAUUCUUACAGGAGGAUCUCUACUCUGUUCCUCAGCCAGCACUGUUCCUCCUGGACAAUCGGUUUGAAGUUUACCUGUGGCAGGGUUGGUGGACACCGGAAAGCAAGAGCACAGGCUCAGCAAAGAUUCGCUGGGACAUGGAGCGAAGAUGUGCCAUGGAGACAGCCCUCCACUAUUGCAAAGAAAAGAAUGCAAGACGACCUCCCAAAGCGUACCUGGUUCACGCUGGCAGCGAGCCAUUGACCUUCACCAAUAUCUUCCCACGGUGGGAUUACAACAUGGAGCAUUUACAACAGAUGGGGCAGGAUGCCAUGAUCAGAGUGCAGCUGGUUCAGGAUGCUUUACUGUCACUGUGUAAAACACAGUACUCCUUGGAAGAGAUUAUGUCCAGACCACUUCCAGAAGGUGUUGACCCUCAGAAAUUGGAAACCUACCUCUCCGAUGAAGAUUUUCAGAAACUGCUGAAAAUGCCAAGGGAGGAAUUUUACAAGCUUCCCAUUUGGAAGCAAGUGAACUGUAAAAAAGCCAAAGGCCUUUUCUAACCAGAUACCAGUAGUCUUGACUUGGCUUGUCCAGGAACGUUUACAGUUCCACCCUGGCUCACUACAUCAAGUUUUCACUUCCUGGCUGGGGCUGUAGUACAAGCAGUUAUGAGGUUCAUUCAUAAGUUGUUACGUGUCCGUCUUCCAUGUAUUUAGGCUCUGUAUGAGUGCACAAGGCAAGAUCCUUAUGGACUAGUUCAUCUUGUUGACCCCUUUAAAAAGCACCUCCUUUUGCAACCAAUGCCGGCACUGCCACCUGGAGCCAGUUCCCCUGGUUGCCAAGGAGUUAAAAUUACUUUCCUCAAUCUAUGAGUCUGAAUCACAAGGGCAUUUUAAGCGAUUAUGUGGGAUUUUUCCAAUUUGAUUUAUGAAGUAGUGUUUGGGAGAAGGGAGGGAUGGGUUAGGUGACUGGACAGAGAAUAUUGUGAUGAAGUAUUCGGAAAUGUAUCCAACCAAUUUUGGCCCCUUUCUGUUAGGUUCCAUGGGUUUUAAUGUUUUCUGAGUUUUUUUUGCCACUAAGGUUUCAUGCUUGCAAAGCCAAUUCAUUGCCAAAUGUGCCACCAAUAGCCCCUUUCCCCACUCUACCCCACCUCCACCUGCCUGGCUUCAGCACAUUUCCUCCAACUCCAUUGUUUCAUAUCUGGUAUGGUUUAUGGCUUUAACAUCAUCUUAUAAUCCAAACUGAUGGACAAUUUCAAUUGAGAGGAAGAACAGUUGACUUCUCCAGACCACUGCAGGGCAUUGAAAGAUCAGAGAUGUGCAAGUUAAUUACUGUGAGCAGCAAAACCAGUGCUGGAGGAUGCAAACACAAAAUACAACAAAGAAUAAAAAAACUGCUUUGGAAACAGACCUACAAAAUCAUUUCUUGGCUUAGUCCAGUAUGAACAUGCCUACUUAAUGCACAAGGAGAUUGAAAAAGGAUUGUGGAAACUAAGGGGCUCCACAGGUGAUAGCACAUGUACUGUUUAGGAAGGGUUGUGUAGUUUCAAUUAUUUAAUUGCAUUCUUUAUUACAUGCUUUACUGCACCCACUCGAAUCUCUCCUGCAGCUGAUGGACUUGUACGGACAUUUCAUAUAGAAGUGAGGUUCUCUGCUUCAUAUUAACAAUGCAUUGUCAUGUAAAGUUAAUGCCAAUACUUAAAACUUCAUUGUCUUUUUUAAUUGUUGGGAAUCUGUAUCACAAAUGCAGUAGAAUUUGAGAGGAAUCUGCCCAGCCAUCUGUUUGAAAUGUCAAGUGGUUGUAAUGGUUCAGAACUGUGCCUGGAUGUGGCCCCCACUCAUCUAAUGGUGAGCUAAUAAAGCCUUCAAGGACUGACCAUCCCCCUACAGUGCGGCCAACCUGCAAUGGUAUUCAGGGCCAAUAUUUUGAUCAUAUUUGGGAUGAGAGCCUUGUUCUUGUUCCCCUCUGCCAUUUUAAAAAGUGUAUUAGUCUAUUUCGAAAACUAGGCUAACAACACCAAGAGCAUAGUGCAAACAGGAAUUGACUAUGCCAUGUGUUGUUUUUCAUAUGCUCUCUGUUGCUUCCAGGUUUCAUCCCCAAACUGAAAAUAUCAGAUAUUUUGUGAUUUGUUAUUCUGGCCAUUAAAAGGUUUCCAGAAGCAGUAAAUAAUAUUUAAUGAAGAUGAUCUUGGUCCUAGUUUCACACAAGCCACACUUAUUGUACAGUACACCACUGUAUAAUUAAUGUAACUGUACCUUGCACUGACCCUGUCCUACAAUUACUUCCAAAGGACUUGUGUUGAUUUCAGAGGAAGUUCCUUUUUGAAAAUGACUUUUUCUCCAUUCUCCUUCCUUCUCUGUUACCACAGGGAACUGCUAGAAUUCUCUGUCCUCCUUUGUCCAUCUCCACCCCUCCUUUACCAUGGGCUAUCAUUAGAGAUCUCCUUCAGCCUUCUCUUACCACUGAUGAUUGCUGAAGUUCUUCACUUCCACUUUCCAACCAUUUUCUGCAGGAGCUCAUUUCUGGAAGUCCUAAUCAUGACUUCCGAUAAAAUUGAUUGACCUUAAGUUGAUUACUUUCCUGUUUUAAAACAAGUGUAUCUUUUUUAGAACAUAGAACAGUACAGUCCAAUACAGGCCCUUUGGCCCACAAUGUUGUGCCGACCCUCAAACACUGCCUCCCAUAUAACCCCCCACCUUAAAUUCCUCCAUAUACCUGUCUAGUAGCCUCUUAAACUUCACGAGUGUAUCUGCCUCCACCCCUGACUCAGGCAGUGCAUUCCCUGCACCAAUCACUCUCUGAAUAAAAAACCUUCCUCUAAUAUCCCUCUUGAACUUCCCACCCCUUACCUUAAAGCCAUGUCCUCUUGUAUUAAUGCAGAGAAGCAAACACUGCCUCAGUUCAUGAGUUAUCUCGGAAUAUCCUAAAUUGGUGGCAUUAACUUGCCUUGAAACAGUUCUGAAAGCAACAGCUAAUGUAUAUUAUACUUAAGCAGCUUUUAAAAUUUAGAUUUUUUAUACAGUUUAUACACCUCCAGAGAUAAUAUUUUAUUCAAAGUAUUUUAAUUCUCUGAGUCUGAUUUUUCCUAUUCUGCGCUAGUUUGAUGCUCAGAGAACGAGGUAAAAAGAACUAAACCAGAAACUCUGGAAUUCCUUCAUUCUAUCCUUGUUUAUCACAAAGCAAUAUUUUGAAAAUGCUUUUUUUUCUUUGAAAUAUUGGAUUUUGCAACUGUGAUAUCUAGAUAAUUUGUAUGUACAGUUUUAAUCUGCUUUUCAGAGUCUCUGGGGAGUCUGUGUCAUGCAGUGAAAUGGGAAUAUGCAAUGGAUUAAAGGUAAAUGGACAUUCUUUGACAUGAGUGAAUGCCAUGUCUGUGACCAGAGCUACCACUGGGUUUGUUUACUUUUGUAGAUUACAGAGUUGGAUAGAUAUUGUCUCCAGAUGAUACCCCACCUACCCAGAAUUAGCCCAGGUUUGCUACUGCCUUGUCUCAGUUGGUAGUUUCUCAGGCUGACUGGUACCAUUAGACCUCUUACAUAUAGAAGUACGUGGUAAGUUGUUUGGCUGUCCAGGAAAUUGUUUGUCCCUCAAGCAACCACUGAAAUAAUUUACCUUUUUUUUGCAUUUUGUGGGAUCUGGUGGUGCCCUGAAUGAAAUGUGGGGCACACUUCCUCAAGAAUAGGUGUUAUUCAGGUAGAAAACAACAGGCUAUUGCAAGAUGUUAAAAAUAAUACCUAGAUUGAGGUAAGAUUAUGCUGGAAAGAUCAGCUGAAGUAGCAAUGGCCUCGAAUAGCCUAAAUUGAACAUCUAUCGACAUGACCAUCUGUACCCAUACACAAAGGGAGUGGCACUAUAAAACUAGGGGUGAAAGGAAGAGGUGGCCUCUGUAAUUUAUCCUGUAAAACAAUCUGAAGAAAUGGAGUACAACAUUUGGAGAUGGAUUCAUUUUGUAUAUGCAUUAGCAUUACUCGUUCUUAGGACAAAAUGUAUUUGAUUUGUUUAACCAGUUAAGUUUCGGUUAAAGUAAAACAAAGAUAAACGGAUAAAGGUUAGCAUUAUUUGUCUGAAAUACUUUGAAACAUCAAAACGUAAGAUGCAUCUUUUGCAUCAAAUCAAAUCAGUGAGGAUUGCGCUACGCUUCCGGAGCCAACGUAGCAUACUCACAACUCUAACCAUAUGUCUUGAGAAUGUGAGAGGAUACCAGAGCACCUGCAGGA